AGCGCGCACGCCGUGCGUCCCAGGCUCGCUCGGGAUUCUCGCCUGGUGCCGCAGGGAAAGGCCAACUGUUUGGUCCGCCAUGUUCUUCUCCGCGGCGCUCCGGGCCAAGGCGGCAGGCCUCAUCGCCCAGUGGGGAAGACAUAUAAGGAAUUUACAUAAGACAGCUGUGCAAAAUGGAGCUGGAGGAGCCUUAUUUGUUCACAGAGAUACUCCUGAGAAUAACCCAGAUACUCCAUUUGAUUUCACACCAGAAAACUAUAAGAGGAUAGAGGCAAUUGUAGGAAACUAUCCAGAAGGACAUAAAGCAGCAGCUGUGCUUCCAGUCCUGGAUUUAGCCCAAAGACAGAAUGGAUGGCUGCCCAUCUCUGCCAUGAACAAGGUUGCGGAAGUUUUACAGGUACCUCCAAUGAGAGUAUAUGAAGUAGCAACUUUUUAUACGAUGUAUAAUCGAAAGCCAGUUGGAAAGUAUCACAUUCAGGUCUGCACUACUACACCUUGCAUGCUUCGAAACUCUGACAGCAUACUGGAGGCCAUCCAGAAAAAGCUUGGAAUAAAGGUUGGGGAGACGACACCUGAUAAACUUUUCACUCUUAUAGAGGUGGAAUGUUUAGGGGCCUGUGUAAAUGCACCAAUGGUUCAAAUAAAUGACAACUACUAUGAGGAUCUGACACCUAAGGAUAUUGAAGAAAUUAUUGACGAGCUCAAAGCUGGCAAAAUUCCAAAACCUGGGCCAAGGAGUGGACGCUUCUCUUGUGAGCCAGCUGGAGGUCUUACCUCUUUGACUGAACCACCCAAAGGACCUGGCUUUGGUGUGCAAGCAGGACUUUAAUUUAUAUUCAACUGUAAAUAUGUUCCAGGAGGAAUAAAACAUGAAUCUUCUAUCUACAUAAA